UGCCUUUCCUCUCCUCUCCCUCUCUUCAGCGCCUCGCCUGGCCCAGCAGCAGGCCUGCCCGGGGGUCGCCGUCCGCCUUUUGUCUGCAAACCACCAUGAUGUUUGCCAACGCGGGCCCGAGCCCCGGGCAGACCUGUGGGCUGGUGCUGAUCUUCGCCGUGCUGGUGCAGUCCAUAUGCGUGGCUAUCACCUUCCUUUACUUUACCAACGAGCUCCAGCAGCUCCGUGAGACCUACUCCAAAAGCAGCUUCGCCUGUUUUACCAGAGAAAACUUCUUCCUAGAGGACCUGGAUCCAAGUUAUAAUGAGGACAGCGACCCCUGCUGGCAAGUCAAGUGGCAGCUGUCCAGGCUAAUUAAAAAGAUGAUCUCCAAGAACUACAUGGAAAAAACUGCCACCAUGGCAAAAGGCGGCAGGCUUCGAGGUCCCACCACAGUUGAAAGAGAAGCAGAUGAGAAUUCUGUGCCCAGAGUGGCAGCUCAUUUAACUGCCAACAGGAAGCGUGCUUUAGUCCCUCAAAAUUCUUCAUACAGAAGUAGCAUCGGGACCAAAAUUAACACGUGGGAGACCUCAAGAGGUGCUCAUUCCUUCCUCUACAAUGUCAACUUGAGGAAUGGGGAACUCAUCAUACCCCAGACGGGCUUCUAUUACAUCUAUUCUCAAACUUACUUCCGGUUCCGGGAACCAGAUGGCAUGCCCCCUGAUGCCGAGCCUGACUCGGACAGCCUCAGAAACCCUAAGCAGAUGGUCCAGUACAUCUCCAAGUUCACAAACUACCCGGAUCCCAUCCUGCUGAUGAAAAGCGCCAGGACAAGCUGUUGGUCUAAAAAGGCCGGGUAUGGACUUUAUUCCAUCUACCAAGGGGGAGUGUUUCAGCUAAGAGAAAACGACCGGAUUUUUGUCUCUAUCAAUAAUGAGCAGCUUGUAGACAUGGACAACGAGGCAAGUUUCUUUGGAGCUUUCUUGGUCUCCUAAAAAAGAGAUAAGGGAGGGAAAGUGAUCUCCAGAAACUUUGAAGGGGUGUCUGAAAGAAUCUCAUGAACCAUUUUUUAAAGAAGAAAACCACCUAUCUUCAGAACUGGAAGAACUGUAGAACUUGAAGAAUUGUAGAACUGGAAGAACUGUCUGCAGAACUGAACCAGCUGUGCCGAUUCCUUUCAUUUUUUCCUGGGCAUUCAGAGUUUUUGGUGCUGCUGAGGAACAAAUGACCUUCACCCCCUUGUAUCCCACUCUGCAAGAAAGGACAGUUCUUUAACAAUUGCCCUUUUGUGUUUAUGAAACUGUAACAAAAAAAUGCAACAUGUUUCUCAAUCAUAUUCUAGACAGGGAGCCACAGAAGGCCUGGCCCUCAUACAACAGCUCUCAACCACACAAGUUUCUGAAGACAAUAAUUGCCCAGUGCCGCUCUUGCAUGGAAAUUGGCAAGUUGGUGAGAUUUUAUGGUGAACUCCACAUCAGGAAAGAUGGAACAAAACAGCCCUCCUAUGGUUGUACCCUUCCCAACUGCAAAUGGGUGGAAUCGCAUAGAGGAAGGCCCAGAUCUCUUUUCCGGGUGUGCUAGCUUUUUUCAUGUGAAGUUGCCAUGUAGGGAAACAUGCAAACAAGGAUCCUUUUCCUGACCUCUGAAACAAUGCAGUGCUGGGCAUUAGAUACAUGGGAUUGUACUCUUAAUUCUUUAUUGUUUCUAAUGGUGGUUGAUUGUUUAAAUUACUGUGAGAUCACUUCAAAUCGCCACGUAGGAUUCACAUUAGCAGCAGGCAAAUUAUUCCUGUUUGUUUCAAGUGACCUCAUUCAUUUCUUACAUUGCUUUGGGAUUUGUUUUUGGUUUUUAAAGAGACAUGCAAUCCAGAAUGAUACACUCAUGCACAUGAGCCCAGCAAAACCAUUGUAAGCAUAAAUGCUGAGGGUAGGUUUGCCAGCUGACCUUCCUUCCCAAUUUGGCACCGGAGCUGGUUUACAAAAAGUUGGCAACCCAAAGAUCGUUGAAGGCUGCGGUGAUGCAGAUGUACUUGAAAUGGUGAGUGUUGUUGAUUGUUUGGCUACUCCAGCAGGUAUAAAUAAUGUGGUGUGGGGAGGAAGUCAAACGUUGAAACAACCACUGGAUGUUCAUGUUUUUGGUGCUUCCAAAGCACCGAACUGAUGUUUGCAGCAUCACCUUUUUACUGCCCUGGCUUUUUCUAGCAGCCAGAUACCCAGACCAAGGUCAGCCAUGAACUGGGAAAAGAGGUUUGUUUUGUGAGGUUCGUGACCCGGUGAACUCACUUCUUGGACUUCACUUUCAUGUGGCGUGCCUUGCAAAAGCCAUUUAAAGGAACUUUUGCAAGGCGUGCCACAUGCAAGUAAAGUCCAAGAGGCGAGUUCACUCACUUUCAGGUGAGCUCACUGGUUGGACUUCACUUGGAUGGCUUUUGCAAGGCCUGCCAUCGCAGCCUUGGUUGGGGCUCUGCUGGACAGCCUGGUUCAAACUGGACAGAGUGAAAAAGGCUGCUGAAAUUACUUGCAUCUGUUUCAGCCUAACAGCUGAUUGGGGCUACCUGCUGAUUUCUGCAUAUCACGCUUGGAGGCUAGAAUUUCGAAGAGAACACUAAAAGGAUAAUUGAGCAGCCAUCCUCUCAAACUGUGUGAUGACAGUAACUGUCCUUGGUUCUUGGUUCAUUUUGUUUCCCCAUGUUGAAUCCGAGCUCCCUGUUUUGCUGUUAACUUUCAAAGGUGGGAAAGGUGUGUUUUUGAGGGACACUUCCUUUAAAAUGCUUCUGGCAGCCUGGUAGUAGAAGCUGAAGAGUUAAAAAGAAGAAGAAGAAGAACCUCUCUCCCUUGCAUGCUAUAAGGCAAAUCGAGGCUGUUAGAAUCAACAGAAAGGAAACCAAUGCAAUCUGUUCACGCUCCAAUUCUUGCUCUUUUCUAUGGGAAAAAAAUCACAGCUGAGGUGCUUCUUCAUUGUUCCCCAUGAAAGUAAUUGCAUUUAUAAGAGUUUAUAACAUUGGCUUGAUCAUGUGCUGGCUCUUGCAGAGAUCACAUUUAUCUUCAUGCUCGUAACAUGAGAAACUGAAUGUAUAUACAAUACUGUUUUUUUUUAAGAAGCAACAUUUUAAAAGUGCUUUGAGGAAACCUGUCAGCAGGUGCUAUGGUGCCCAUUGGCAUCGUAUUGUGGAUCACUGGUAUAAGGUAUACUUAAAGCAAAAAGCAGAGUAAAUGUGACUGGAAUAUAGUAAUUCAUAAUAACAACCAUCCACUGUUGUCAGUUUUUAACAGUAGGUUAUAUAGGCAUUAGCAAGCAGUCUCUAGGUUAUAACGUGCUUGCUGAUUUCUUUUAGUCUAUUUUUUCUAGAGAACUGUUAAGUCUGGAUUUGUAAUGAAAGGAAGACAUCAGAUGUGGCUUUCCCCAUUGGCGGGACUCCUGACAAAGCCUUCCUUUCCGAGUGACUUGUACGUGAUUUAUGCCAGUGCAAAUCCUAAGCAAAAGUACUCCCCUUCUAAAUCCUUUGAAUUAGAAGGGUAAUGCUCUGUUCAGGAUUGCACCGUGUAAACCUCUUUAAAAUCUUUCAGGGGCUGUAUUGGGCAACCUUGAAAUAAGAUGCAUGGAUCGUUUUUUGCUCCAUCUGUCCUGCAGCUAUUUAAAGCACGGAGCUUCUGUCCUGUAAAAAAGGUGGUAGCCCUUUAGCUACUGUCUUUACCAUUCUCCAGGAGAUACAGUUGGAAACCAAUUGGGGGCUUGGAGAGGGCCAUCACAAGAGCAACAGAUGAGGAUAAAUCAGGACAGAUGUUAACACCCAUUGUGUGCGUCAGCUGUGUAUUAUCUGGUUUUCUCCUGACAAGUAGAUGCAGAGAAAUACAGUGCCACUUUCCAGAUCCAUAUAUUUAUAUGGAAGUUGCAGAGGGAAAUGCUUCCUUGGCUUAUAUGCCUCAUUCUCAGGACCAGUUUAAGAAUGUUGAGCUGGUGCAGAAAGUUGAUGGCAUCAUUUUAGGGAAUCUCUUGCCUAUAUGUGAGCCAUCUUAGGUUAUGGGGAGUACGGAGCUGAAAGGCCCUUAUCUUUCCAGCAUUUGUUCACCCCUUCUGCAGCUGUGUUGAUUUGGUGGGGUCGAAGUGACCCGUGUUUCCCUCCCCAUUCCCACACAUAUGCACAGCUCCUUCCUGCCCAUAAGGUUAGGGCAGGGUGACCUGGUUUAAAACAACCCCACAAGAUGACUGUUUGCCAUUACUAGUACAGCUCUUUCUGAGAAUGCCAGCAGAUUGCAAUAAAAGAACAUAAUUGAGUUACUGAAAUACCUUGGGCUUCCCAUUACUGCAUUUCCCAGGUCUUCCUCUGUGUCCCUUGAUUAUGAGUUCCCAUAUGUAGCAGAUUCACUUGUCUGUCUGUGUGUUGUUGUAUUGAAGAUGUGCCAGGUGAAAAAGAAAAAGCUACCAUAUGUCUGUUAAUUUGAAUUUCUGGGGGUUUUUUGUUUUGUUUUUUACAGUUUGUAUUUCAUUUACUUUCCUUGAUACUGUUGAUUUUGUAAAUGUAUUUUUUAUAAGAAAUGACUUUUCACAAA